AUGGAGCGAACAGAAUCGGUCUCGGAGAUAUGCAUAAAAACUGGGUUUCGUUCGACAGCCACCAAGAGCCGGAUUGCCGGAGAGGAGAACCGGAUUCGACUGGUUGGCCCCUUGCACGGAAAGCCAUUCAGUCCGCGGCGACGUUCACUUCUUUCAGCCUCCUUCUCAUCUGCAAAGUGUCGUGAGCAAUGGCAAGGGUAUAGGAUACGCAGUCACUGCCUUUGA